GACCUCAUGCCCUUCUCCUCCAAACCUUGAUUCUCCUUCCAGCCAAGGCGUGUUGAGUUUGAGUUCUUCUUCUUCUUCUUCUUCUUCUUCUUCUACCUCUGCAGAGAGAAGAGAUACAGAUAAAAGAUGGAGACCGUCUGUGCAGAUCUGUCUCUGGGGUUAAAUCUGAAUCCCGCUCCGGCAGUUCCUCGAUCUUACGAGAUUAUGGCGGGUUUUGGAGGGAUUAAUCCUCCCCAAUUCAAUUUUAUGGAGUUGCAUCCACCACCCACGCCGUCCAAUCAAGUGGAAAAGGAAUUGGAGGAGGAGCUGAGGAGGAUGAGCGAGGAGAACGAGAGGCUGAGCCGGAUGCUUGGUGAUAUGUGCCAGAGCUACAAAGCCCUGCAGGGGCAGAUGGCCACUUUGAUCAACCACAGCAGCAGCAGCAGCGGCGGCGGUGGAAGGGACGAAAGGGCGGCAGCGUCGAGGAAGAGGAAGGAGGAAGAGCAGAGCUCCUCCAGCGAGGAGGGGUCCAUGAGCAAGCGGGCGAGGGAGGAAUUUUCGUCGGCUGCCACCAAUCUCGUCACCGUAGUCCACUACAAGACCGACCCGUCCGACGCUAGCCUGGUAGUAAAGGAUGGGUAUCAAUGGAGGAAAUACGGGCAGAAGGUGACGAAGGACAACCCUUCUCCCAGAGCUUACUUUAGAUGCGCCUUUGCCCCCGGCUGCCCUGUCAAGAAGAAGGUUCAGAGAAGCGCUGAAGACAGGUCCAUCCUGGUGGCGACAUACGAGGGCCAGCACAACCACGCUCAGCCGUCGACCAACGACGCACUGCCCACUUGCUCUGCCGGGUUACAGUCCUCCGGCGAUGAUUCCAUCCCUUGCUCUGUGUCCGUGAAUGCGUCGCGACCCACCGUGGCGCUUGAUUUGAUCCGUCCCAGACCCCAGCCGGAGGCUGCUGCUCCGUCGCUCGGUGGUGGCGGUGCUGAGUUGCAGAAGGCGGUGGCGGAGCAUGUGGCUUCAUCCUUGGCCAAGGACCCCAGCUUCGCCGCGGCCUUGGCUUCGGUUCUUUCUUUCCAAAUUGCCCGGCGUACCUAAGUUAGCCCUUGGGAUCUUGGUGGUAGCUAGACAAUUCCUCCUCCUCCUCCUGCCGCUGCAAAGUGGAAGAAACGAGAGGCUACAAACGGUUGCUAACCGCAGUUGCUGAUGAAGAGGUCGUUGUAAAUAUGUACUUUAAGAAGUUCUGUGGAAAUCGCAGGGGAUCGAUUCUUUUCAGAGAGAGAGAGAGGUGUGAAUCAUGUACACUCAAUGGUCGAUCUCGACCUGCAAGGAACUAUUGAUACAAACAGAUCAUGUGCAAUUACAAUUUAAGGAUUUCAUUCAUUUUCAAAUGAAGGGGAUCUGUAAAUAUGUUUUUAGUCAUAUAACUAAUCGUGAUCACAUCGGUGGGUUGAAGUUCAGAGAGAUGUAUCAUGUAUGACAAUGAAAGCAACGAACUGUAUGUAAAUGCAGAGAACUUGCUGAAGGUCUCUUAGCAGCGCAUUAGUUUGGAAUUCGCAGGUGAAAUGUAAUUGUUCAACUUUCCUGUAAUGAAAUCUCAAAAGGAAACUAUUUUAUGUUUGUUCUA